AUGUCGGACAAGCCUGAAACGGGCUGCAGUGGCGAGUAUUUGCUGGCUCGUUACCAUUACAGCAGCAUCAAAAUGGCCCCUAGUUGGCCUCUAAGAGCCAAGCCAGCAAUGGCGGGAACUUCGAAAGAAAUACAAAACGAUCUACUGGAUUGUAUUCUUGAAGUUUGUCAUGAAGAAAUAAUGAAACAGAUUAACAGAGCCUCGUAUUUGGCGAUAAUAGCAGAUAAAACAACGGACAUUUCGGGGAAAAACCAACUGGUACCAAUUUUCAGAUACGUAUUUAACAGCAAACCACUAGAAGGACUGUCUGCCAUGGAGGUCAAACCGGCGCUGACUUUAUGGAUGUAUGGUAGGGUUGUGUAG